AUGGACCGCAGGCGGUCAGAACAUGGCUACUCUAGUACCCUAGAUAUUCCUACAAAACAGAUUCCACGGCAUAGAAGCUUUCCGGCUUUUGGCGCAGAAGACGACGUCCGUAUACCACAGUGGUCAAUUCCAAGUACAGAAGGUUUUAUCGACUCGCAACUUGAUUACGCGGACGGUUACGCCGAAUCUGAUGAUGACGAUGAUGAUGUGUUUGCAUUUACUGAAACUGGACCGCGUCGUGAUGCGUCUGUGUAUCCGACCAUACAUCCUCAUCGCGCACAAGCAGAAGAUGUACCAGAGGAUGAACUAGAUGAAGAAGACCCGAUGCUCUCGAAUCAUUCUAGUGAAAUGAAUUUUUACGUGAACGGUGUACACGAGAGAAAAAAGCCUUUCCAUGGAUCAAUCCCAAGUUCAGACAGACCACAUGCAUCUUCCAAAGAUCGUUCUGAUGUACUGAUGCAUGCAAAGACUUCAUCCGAUGGGCCUAGUCUAUUUCCGACUGGAUAUUAUAAUGGUCCAGCUAAUUUUAGCUCAUUUUACAAGCGGAAUGAUCAGUCGCUUACAUCGCAGAAGCUCCACGAACCAUCUCAGGCAUACAUGGAGAAACAGCCAUACAACAAUGAGCUUGAAAUGAGGCUGCUAAAUGAUAUUGGAAAUGACGACGCAGGCCAAAUCGAGGCAGGUAUGCAUGAAGGCGAAGAUAUCGAAGAAGAUUCGCCUUACCCCGAAGUUCGUGCGUCCGUCUCGAAUAUUGAUGACCCAUCCAUGCCAGUUACCACAUUCCGUGUCUUGUUCCUUUCUUUUUUUUUGUGUGUACUCGCAGGAGCUGCAAAUACCUACCUCAUGCUUCGAUACCCAGCUCCAACAGUUACUCCCAUUUUGGUGACUAUUUUGGCAUACCCUUUUGGUAAAUUUAUGGCUGCAGUAUUGCCUACUCGAGAGUAUCAUUUGCCUAAAAUUCUUGGUGGCUUUUCUUUCUCGUUAAACCCUGGUGCUUUCAACAUCAAAGAGCAUGCCGUCAUUUCAGCUCUAGUGUCCAUUUCUAUCAAGCCAUCUUAUAUCAUUACUUUUCUCGUUGCUAAACAGACAAAUUUUUCUCAAAAUACCGAGAGGUCUAUAUGGGUUGAAUACCUCUACAUGGCUGCAUCUCGAACUCUUGGCUUUGGAUUAGCUGGACCACUUUUGAAAUUCUUGGUUGAGCCUGCAUCUAUGCUGUGGCCUCAACUCCUCGCUUCUACUACUAUCCUCAAUACACUUCAUGCCGAGGAAGAUGCAGGUGAGAAAAGCAUGUCACGGAUGCGAUGGUUCAUUAUAAUUGUUAUUUCUGCAUUCUUGUAUAAUUUUAUACCUGGGCUAUUCAUCAAGAGCCUCUCAUUUUUUUGUUGGCUCUGCUGGAUAAAGCCAAAAGAUCGGAUUUUGAAUAUUGUAACAGGUAUCAAUGGUAUGGGUCUCCUGUCUUUUUCGUUUGACUGGAGCGAAAUUGCAUUUUUUGGAUCACCUAUGGUUGCUCCCUGGUGGUCUGAAUGCAACUUUUUUGUUGGAUUUGUGAUCUUCGCAUGGCUGGUAAUGCCUUUGCUGUAUUUUACAAACACCUGGGACUCAGCUUAUUUUCCUUUUUCAGGACACAAUGCUUACGACAAGCAUGGAAAAAUAUAUCAAGAAAAAUUAGUUCUUGACGAGCCGUCCUACACUUUCAACCUUGAUAAGUUCAAAGGAUAUUCUCCGAUUUUCUUGUCAAUGGGAUUUAUUGUCUCUUACUUUGGUGGAUUUGCCUCUAUAACCUCCGUUCUGUGCAAUAUGUUUAUCAAUCAUUAUGACAAUGUUCUGGGUGCAUUGGGACUGAAAUCGCACGAAAAACCGGAUAUUCAUGCAAAACUCAUGCGCCGGUACCAAUCAGUUCCAUCGUGGUGGUUUUUUGCUACAUUUUUUAUCCCAUUCCUACUCAUUCUCGUUUCAGCUGACUAUUUCCACUUUACCGUCAAAGAUGUAUAUUUGAUUAUUGCCAUUUUGCUUUCCGUUUUGUACGCAUUGCCUAGUGGAUAUGUCUUUGCUAUGACAGGACAGAUGAUCGGGACCAAUAUUCUUGCUGACGUGGUGGGUGGAUACAUUUUACCUGGUUUACCGCAAGGCUUCCUCUUGUUCAAGUCUCUAGCAGUGCAAACGCUAGUUUCUUGUCUUGAGUUUACUGGCAACUUGAAAUUAGGCCAUUACAUGAAGAUUCCACCAAAAACCAUGUUUUUACUCCAGAUUGUAUGUACCAUCAUAACAGGAUGUGCAGAAUUGGCUUUGAAAGAAGUUUUGAUCACCAACGUGCCAGAUGCUUGUCACGACCACAGCUCUUCUGGUUUGACGUGCUGGUCACCAAAGGUUUACUUUUUAACAUCUUUGCUCUGGAGUGCAAUUGGUCCUGAUCACUUAUUUGCAUUCAAACCAUUCCGAUUUAUUCUAUGGGGUCUCUUGGCAGGAGCACUUUGUCCUUUGCUAACACUUCUUAUUCGUUGGCGGUUGAAAAAGCCGGGGCUCUCGUAUGUAUGCUGGCCUAUUAUUUUUUUCAGUGUUGGUUUAUUCCCUGUGACACACAGCGUCAACUUCACUAUGUGGUUCCUUGUUGCGUUUGUCUUCCAGUAUUACAUUCGAAAAUACUAUUUCAGCUGGUGGUCAAAGUUUAACUUCGUAACUGCCAACGCUCUUGAUUUUGGCACUGUUGUCUCUGCAUUGAUUAUAUUUGCUAUACAAUUGUCUAGUCAUUCGGACCCAGUCCUCAACUGGUCAGGAAACACUAUCAUCAAAACGACCUCAGAUGCGUAUCAACUUCCAAUACGUGAAGUACCAUCAGGUGGUCUGAAAAUGGAUGAAACAUGA